GAGAGAACUCAAAGGAAGCGAAGCGAAUGAACAAAUGCGCUCAGUGCGCCAGAAAUUACGUCUCUUUUUCUUCCCGCCCUUCCUUCUCUUUCACUCACCUCUGCAACCCUAAACACAUCAAAGCACCGGCUUUUUGAUUUUCUGAAAUUUUUUCAGAGACGAAUCAUCAUGAACUGAACAUCCCAAGGGCUAACCUACGUAGAUGAGUUUUCUCUUUCUUCUUGUGCUAUAGGAGAAUGGAGAUGGUUUUUUAUUUUCUCAACUAGAUUUAUAAUGUACCACAUAUAGUUUUGGGUUUCCGAUGAAGAACAAAACUGUAUAAUCAUUUUUUAUUUGGUGUUUAGAUAUCGAGAUUCUUUACAGAUUUUGUUUUUUUAGCAUUUGAUCUGCGUCUGCACUCGAGGAGUUCGUUGUCACAUGAUCUUUUUCAAUUUUCUCUCUGUAAUCGGUUACAGCAUUUGAGUAAUCUCUGUGAGAUUGUAAUAUUCGGGAAUGCUCUGUGUUUAGCUCUUUUAGGAUGAGGAAAUUUUGAAGUAACAAAUCGACAUUUAGUUAUUGAAGGUUUGUGAAGGGGAGAUUUUGAUGGUUUUGGGAAGUAGAGGAUCGGAUCUAUGGAGGUUUUUCAGUGGUUCAAGCAGGAAUCAAGCCAUGGUAGAUCUGAAAGGAAGCUCUCACUUGGAGAAUAUAAACGAGCCGUUUCCUGGUCCAAAUACUUGGUCUCCUCUGGUGCAGAGAUUAAAGGAGAGGGUGAAGAAGAGUGGAGUGCCGAUUUGUCUCAGCUGUUCAUCGGGAGUAAGUUUGCUUCCGGGCGUCACAGCCGUAUCUAUCGCGGGAUAUACAGGCAGAGAGAAGUGGCCAUCAAGCUCGUAAGCCAGCCUGAGGAAGACAAGAAGUUGGCUAUGCUGUUAGAGAAGCAGUUUACUUCAGAGGUUGCGUUGCUCCUUCGUCUCCGGCACCCUAAUAUCAUCGCUUUUGUUGCGGCAUGUAAGAGACCUCCUGUUUUCUGUAUUAUCACCAAGUACUUAGGAGGGGGCUCACUUAGAAAAUACCUUCAGCUGCAGGAGCCAAAUUCCAUUCCAUUGGACCUGGUUUUGAAAUUUUCCCUUGAUAUUGCUCGUGGGAUGAGUUAUCUUCAUUCUCAGGGGAUACUCCAUAGGGACCUCAAAUCGGAAAAUCUACUACUUGGUGAAGAUAUGUGUGUGAAAGUAGCUGAUUUUGGGAUUUCAUGUUUAGAAUCACAGUGUCUCAGUGGAAAGGGGUUCAUAAGUACAUACCGCUGGAUGGCACCAGAAAUGAUAAAGGAAAAACAUCACACGAGGAAAGUUGACGUAUACAGUUUCGGCAUAGUUCUUUGGGAGCUUCUUACAGCAUUGAUGCCUUUUGAGGGCAUGACUCCAGAACAGGCUGCUUUUGCAGUCUCCCAGAAGAAUGCAAGGCCCCCAUUGCCCUCCAAAUGCCCAGUGGCAUUCAGCCAUCUCAUAAGUCGAUGUUGGGCAAGUAAUCCAGAUAAACGUCCUCACUUCACUGAGAUUGUCUCAAUUCUUGAGAAUUUCACAGAAUCCCUUAAAAAUGAUCCAAAUUUUUUCUCAUACUACAAACCACCUGAAAAUCAUACAUUUCUGCGAUGCAUCCCAAAGUGUAUCACUGUCUUUAAGUCCAAUUCUUAAAGACUUAACAUUUUUUUUAGAAUUAAUUGUGCAAUAUGUACCUCAUUUUUCUUGCAUUCACCCCACCCCUCCCCUUUGGUGGUGCUUCCUUUUAGGAACAAAAGGAUAUUUCCUUUCACUGUCACAGCAUGACCACAUUUGUAGUGGUACUUUGCUCUUAAACUACUUAAGCUAUUUUAGAGUGUAUUAUUAAUGGCCUUAACUCUCUUCAGUUUUCCUUUCUUAUUUAGUUCCAGACAUCUCUAUGAUAGUUAACUUCAUAUA